AUGGUGAAUGUCCAGUCGCUGCGACUCAACACCCAACCGCACCACCACCAGUUUGCAGAGCACUACUGGGACGCUACGGGCGUGCAAAGUACUACAACGCCGACGACGACGACAGCGACCCCCAACAUCCCAACAGACGCCGCCGACGGUUCUGCCAGUCUACUGCCGCCCGCGUCAGCCAACCCUCGUCGGAGACGGACGACUCGCUCCGGUACUGCACGCAUCAAUACCCUCCGCCCUACACGACAGGUGCUCGGGAGGCGUCGGCGCUCUGCUGCGGACGAGGACGAGCAAGACAUUGCAGACGCUCAGGUUGAGGCUCAGGCUCAAGCUCAGACAGACGAGGACCAGGACCAGGCAGCACGGGACGGAGACGCAGAAGCAGUCCCGGGGCAGAACAGCCAACCAGGCGGUGACGAAAACGACGGUGACGUCGCGGGCAACGAGGCCACCGCCAGAAACGGCAACGGCGACAGCAACAGACAUCAGCUUCCCGCUCCCCGGCCCAAGCGUGCGCGGAGAGAGAGUGCCAACACCAUGCUUGCCGCCAGCGACGCUGAAUCUCAACUGGCUAGCAUGAACGGCUCAUCUCACCUUCAGAAUGGCAAAGAUAAGGCAACCACGCGGCGAGGUCCCGCAUCCAACGGCCCUUCCCAGGUCACACGACGUCCAGCCACCUACUACGGACACGACCGAGAAGAAAUCACACGCAUCCUGAUCCAGGCCCUGUCCGACUUGGGCUACAACGACGCCGCCGAGAACGUCUCCCACAGCAGCGGCUUCGCCCUCGAAAGCCCAGCGGUGGCCGACUUCCGCCGCGCGGUGCUUGGGGGCGACUGGGACGAGGCCGAGCGGCUCUUGCUGGGGGCGACCGUCGAGGGCACGGAACCGUCAGACACAUCUGGUCAGGACGACCAGUCGACCACAUCUCCAGCCAAUGGCCAGACUGCCUCCGGUGCACCAGAAGACGCCACCGGCCUGCUGCUCAUUCCAGGGACAAACCGUGAUCUGAUGCGCUUCGGCAUCCGCCAACAGAAGUACCUCGAGUACCUGGAGCAGUCCGAAACCGCAAAGGCCCUGCUUGUGCUGCGGAACGAGCUAACACCGUUGUAUCGCGACACGCAGAAGCUGCACUUCCUCUCCAGCCUUCUUAUGUGCCAUUCACCUCUGGACUUGAAAACGCGUGCGACCUGGGACGGUGCCUACGGUCAGUCUCGCCCGCAUCUGCUCUCGGAGCUGUCGAGAUUUAUUUCGCCAUCAGUUAUGCUGCCGGAGCAUCGUCUGGCAGUUCUUCUGCGGCAAAUCAAGGACUACCAGGUGUCCGGCUGCGUGUUCCACACAAGCGCAACCUCACCAUCGCUCUACGCUGACCACGAGUGUGAUAAAAGCAACUUCCCCUCACACAUGCUGUACGAGCUGGAUAGCAACUCGGGCGAGGUGUGGCACAUACGCUUUUCCAACAAUGGCAAGUUCCUCGCCAGCUGCGGGUCCGGCCGCUACGUUAACAUUUACGACAUGUCGUCCUUUAAGCUCAAGAUGCGCCUGGACGGCCAUGCGCAGGGCGUCGGCGACAUUGCCUGGAGCCCCGACGACCGCACACUGCUGUCGUGCGGCCGCGACGGCCGCGCCCGCCUGUGGGACAUGAGCACUGGUCUGUUGAUCCGUCUCUUUGAGCAGUUUGAAGAGCCCAUCAGCUGCUGUGUGUGGGCGAACGACGGUCAAUCCAUCGUGCUGGGCUCCUUUGACAAGGACCGCGCCUUGGUGCAGUGGGGCGUCGGCGGCGAACGCUUGCACACCUGGACUAGGAAGCACCGCACCGAGGCCCUGGCUCUGUCGCCGGACGGUUUCUGGUUGGUGGCCAUGGACCACGAGAAGCGUCUACACGUGUACAACUUUCUGACCAUGGAGCUCGAGUACGACAUGGAGCUCGAUAGCCGUGCUUUCUCUAUUGCCAUUAGCCGCGACUCGGAAUACUUGUUGGUCAACCGCCAGGACGGCGCCAUCCACAUGUACAACCUCAGUGCCCGUGGCGAGCCUGUACGCAAGUACCUUGGCGCCACCGGCGGCGACUGCAUUAUCAGAAGCUCUUUUGGCGGUGCCGACGAGAGCUUUGUCAUCAGCGGCAGCGAAGCUGGUCGAAUGCUGAGCGUGUCCGUCUACGCGACGCUGAUCCAUCACACUCAAAUGGUGUGA